AUGGCAAGCCCGGGGUCCCUCCUCCUGCUCCUCCUCCUCCUCCUGCCCGGCACCGUGGCCCGGGGGGAGUACGGCGUGGUCCACGUGGUGUCGGAGAACUGGAGCAAGGACUACUGCGUCCUGCUCAGCUCCGACUACGUCACCCUGCCCCGGGACCUGCACCACGCCCCCCUCUUGCCCCUGCACGACGGCACCAUGGCGCCCUGGUGCCCGGGCGAGGCCGCCGCCCCCCGGGCCCCCGCCGGCUCCCCCGGCCUGCGGCCCCUCCGCCAGACCACCGCCAUGGUCAUGAGGGGCAACUGUAGCUUCUACGCCAAGGGCUGGCUGGCGCAGGGCCGGGGCGCCCACGGGCUGCUCAUCGUGAGCCGGGUCAGCGGCCAGCAGUGCUCGGACACCACCCUGGUGUCGCAGCCCCCCCGGAACCCCCUGCCAGACCUGUCCAUCCCCGUGGCUGUGCUCCGCUACACGGACAUGCUGGACAUCUUCAGUCACACGCACGGCAGCGCCUGGGUCCAGGUGGCCCUGUACGCGCCCCCGGAGCCCAUCCUGGACUACAACAUGGUCAUCAUCUUCAUCCUGGCCGUCGGCACGGUGGCCGCGGGCGGCUACUGGGCCGGCCUGACCGAGGCUGACCAGCUGCAACGGCGCCGGGCCCGAGGAGGAGGGGGGCCCGGCGGGCACCACCGGCUGGAGGCUGCAGCGGCCCCGCGUGGCCAGGAGGAAGAGGACGAGGACCUGCCCGUGGACUUCACGCCGGCCAUGACGAGCGCGGUGGUCACCAUGUCCUGCUCCAUCAUGCUGCUGCUCUACUUCUUCUACGACUGCUUCGUCUACGUCAUGAUCGCCAUCUUCGGCCUGGGCGCGGGCACCGGCCUCUACAGCUGCCUGGCGCCCCUGGUGGCCCACCUGCCCCUGCCGCGAUGCCAGUGGUCCCUGCCUGGCCGCCGGGCCCGUCUGCAGCUGCCCCUGCUGCUGCUGGCCGGCCUGUGCUCCCUGGUGACCGCCCUCUGGGUGGCCUACCGCAACGAGGACCGCUGGGCCUGGCUGCUGCAGGACCUCCUGGGGGUGGCCUACUGCCUCUUCGUGCUGCGGCGGGUGCGGCUGCCCACACUCAAGAACUGCACGUCCUUCCUGCUGGCCCUGCUGGCCUUCGACGUCUUCUUCGUCUUCGUCACGCCCCUCCUCACCAAGUCGGGCGAGAGCAUCAUGGUGGAGGUGGCCUCGGGCCCGGCAGAUUCCUCCAGCCACGAGAGGCUGCCCAUGGUGCUCAAAGCGCCCCGGCUAAGCUUCUCGGUCCUGACCCUGUGCGAUCAGCCCUUCUCCAUCCUCGGCUUCGGUGACAUCGUGGUCCCUGGCUUCCUGGUGGCUUACUGUCACCGCUUCGAUGUGCAAAUCCGCUCCCGCCAGGUCUACUUCGUGGCUUGCAUCGUGGCCUACGCCGUGGGCCUGCUGGUCACUUUUAUCGCCAUGGUCCUCAUGAAGAUGGGCCAGCCUGCCCUGCUCUACCUGGUGUCCAGCACCCUGCUCACCAGCCUGGCUGUGGCUGCCUGCCGCCAGGAGUUCACGCUUUUCUGGACUGGCCAGGUCAGAGCCAAGACGCCCGGCCGGCCGGCGGCGGGGCUCAGCAACGCCCCUGCAGCCAGCCCCGAGCAGAGGCCGGAGGACGUGGCCGACGUCUCCACAGACGGCAAGUUCAAGGAUCCGGCCGACUGCAUGGCGGGCGAGUUUGGCAGCAACCUCAGCGAGGACGUGGCCGACAUGGCCACUCUAUCUGAGGACGAAGCCACAGGUCCCGACGGCCUUAGCGAUAGCUCUGAGGGCUGGAGCGAUGCCGACCUGGACCCCGAGGAGCUGCCCCGGGCCUCGGCCUGGGCCUCGGAGGAGCCGUUGCCACGGAUGCCGACGGCCAGGGUGGUGCCCCUCGUGCCGCCACCCUCAGGGUUGGGUCACGCCCGGGCCCAGGCCCAUGAGGACAGCCCGCUCUGGACGGGGCUCCACAAGACGAAGGGCUUGAAGGUAAAGAAAAGCAUGGUAGCCCAGGCUCCCCUGUGA